AUGACGGGCGGUAGCCGCCUGGGCUGCUUCCCGUUCCCACCGUUUAGCCUGCGUCAGACCCGCUACUGGGAGGUCAGCCCUUUCCACCCGCUGCCCCUGUCGGGCUCCUUCCUUCCUGGUCUGAGGAUGCUAAAGAUGAUGACCUUCCAAAACCCCCCACACCAGUUGACGCCCAGCAAUCUCAGCGUCCCCGGCGGCCCCCUGGAUGCCUUGCACGGGUCCUCCCAGCUACGGACGCCCCCAGAAGCCUUCACGGAGGCUGAGGUGGCCUUGGGGCAGGACAAGGACGGGGCUUCGAAGAAGGACAAGAAGCCCAAAGGGCUGUCCAACUUCUUCGGGGUGCUCGGCAUAGGGAAGAAGAAGAAGAAGGGGCAGCCCAGCCUGGCAGAGCCCGAGGGCCAGGCGGAGGACGCCCCGCCGCCCAAGGCCCCGCUGCCCACAGUGGAGGAGCUGAAGGCCGCCCUGGAGCGAGGCCAGCUGGAGGCGGCGGCGGGGCCGCUGCUGUCCCUGGAGCGGGAGCUGCGGGCCGCGGCGCUGGCGGGCAGCGAGAGCGAGGAGGAGCUGGUGCGGCGCCAGAGCAAGGUGGAGGCGCUGUACGUGCUGCUGCGGGAGCAGGUGCUGGGCCUGCUGCGGAGGCCCCUGGACGUGGCGCCCUCCAGGCUGCGCCAGGCCCUGGCCGUGCUGGCCGAGCAGGAGCGCGAGGACCAGCGGGCGGCGGCCGAGCCGGAGCCGCCGGCGCUCGAAGCCACGCGGCCCCGGGGCUGGCGGCAGCUGUGGCGGCGCGGCGUGGCGCAGGAGGCCGAGGAGCGGCUGGGCCGGGGCCCGGCGGCCGACGCGCAGGCGGCCGGCGUGGGCAGCUCGGAGGCCGAGCGCGUCUUCCUGCACAUGGGCCGCACCACCAAGGACGACCUGGAGGCCGUGGUGGCCCGCCUCAAGUCGCUCUUCCCCGCCGAGUUCCAGGUGGUGGCCGUCUACGCCGAGAGCUACCACGAGCACUUCGCGGCCCACGUGGCCGCCAUGGCCCAGUUCGAGCUGUGCGAGCGCGACACCUACACGCUGCUGGUCUGGGUGCAGAACCUCUACCCCAAUGACGUCAUCAACAGCCCCAAGCUGGCCGGUGAGCUGCAGGGAGCAAAGCUGGGGAGCCUCCUGCCCCCCAAGCAGGUCCAGAUGCUGGAGGCCACGUUCCUGGCCAAUGAAGUGGCCAACGUGAGGAUGUUGAUGGCCCGAGCCCUGGAUGUGGAGGCCCCUCGCUGGACCCAGGAUGUGGAUCCCCCGCGGCUGGACGGCCACUGCCAUAGUGAGCUGGCCAUUGACAUCAUGCAGAUCCUCACCCAGAGCCAGGCCAAGGCCAAGAGCAUCAGCGUGGACCUGAGCCUGCAGAUCAAGUCAUUGCUGCUGGCAGAGCUGGCUUUGUUCCUGCAGAGCUACCAGCGCACAUUCGAUGAGUUUCUGGAAAGCGGAAGACAGCUGAGAAAUUACAAGGUCAAUGUCAUUGCCAACAUCAACAACUGCCAGCUGUUCUGUAGGGCCUUGGAGCAGCAGUGGCAGGUCCCACAUGACCUCCAGAGCUUCCAGCUGCGGCCCCUGAAUGAGCUCAAGAACCACGGCUUUGAUGCGCUGCUCCAGGGCCUGUUCCGGGACCUGCAUCCUCUAUUCAAGAGACUCUUUCAAAGCCACAAGUUCGUGUCCUCAGAGACCCUGGAGGAAAUCAUAGCUGCCGUGGAUAAGGUGUUGCCCGAGUUCUCUGGGCUACGCGCCAGUCUCCGGGAGGAGCUCCUGGAGCUGGUGCACAGGCACCUGGUGACUGAGUUCAUCCUACGCCUCACCAAGCGUCGCCUGGUGCUCAAGAUGGUGGAGCAACAGCUGGAACUGGCUGCACAGAUCUUGGCCAGCUCCAACCUCAUCCAGAACUUUUGCACACAGAAUGGCUCCCACGCCGAGUGGCUGCAGCAGGCCCUGCCCUCACUUGCCGAGAUCAUUCGCUUGCAAGAUCUCAAUGCCAUCAAGAUCUCAGUGGCCACGUACGCUACCUAUUACCCCGACUUCAGCAAGGGCCACCUGAAUGCCAUCUUGGCCAUCAAGGGAAACCUGCAAGGCAGCGAGGUCAAGAGCAUCCGGAGUAUCCUAGAUGUGAGCUCAGACACGCAGGAACCUUCCAAACCUCUGUUCUCACUCAUAAAGCUUGGUUAGCUUUUGGGCCACCUCCUGUGAGCAUCAUGGCAGCACCUGGGACCUGCCCAGGCCAGUACUGAUGGCC